AUGGCUGCCCGGGUGGCGUGCGUGCUGACGCUGGCGCUGGCGGUGGCGGCGGUGGCGGCGCAGCAGUGCUCGCAACUGGCGGCGCACUACUCGGUGCUGGCGACGCAGGACGGGCCCGGGCCGUGGGCGGCGGAGCUGAGCGUGCGUCGCCAUGCGCAGAGCGCGCGCGAGCCCAUGCACUUCGGCGUGCGGCCCGCCGCCACGGCGCACGCCCACAAGCGUCGCGUGGUGUCGCUGGAGACGGUGCAGCCCGACGGGCAGCGCUGGGAGGUGCAGAUGGGCGCGGGCGACGCGCCGGCCACGUGGACGCCCACGGGCAUCUACAUCGUGCGCACGCACACCGACUACGAGGUGAACGAGACGCUCAAGCGGCGCGGCGACGGCACCGUGGCCCUCUUCAAGCCCAACGGCGACCUCGUCGUGUCCUUCCCCGACGGCACGCAGAUCACCUCGGGCCCGCCGCCGGCGCCGCAGCCCUCGCGCAGGGUUCGCAAAAAGUCGUCGGAGGGCGCGUCGAUGGUGGGGUCGCUGAGCGCGCUGACCGCGGGCGGGUCGAGCGUGCUGCGCAGCAUCGUGUCGUCGCGCGCGUCGCCGGCCACCUCCACCCCGUCGGCCAUCGCGUCGGCCGCCGUCAGCACGCGCACGACGCCCGGCCCGCCCACGCCCCCGUGGCGUCGAGGACGCGCCCGCGCGCCCGGCCACCGUGCCCACGCCGGUCGCCGCCGCGCCGCCACACCGGCGCACUUCACGACGCAAACGCGCCGCUGCAGUCGCGCUCCUGGACCGGCCCAGCACAAGCCCGUGCCGCGUACAAUCCCCGCUCAUGCAGAUCUACACCGGCGCCACCCCCGGCGUCCACCUACCCCACCCGCAAGGACUACGCCUACUAGAGGAAAACAAGCGCCGGGGCGGGCCCGCAGGUUCGCCGCGGUCGCGCGGGCGAGGGGGCGGGGGCCGGUUCGAGCCGGGGGCGUGGCGAAGCGCGUGUCGGUGGCGUCGCCGCCCGAGGGGCUGUCGGCCAUCGAGGAGGAGGGCGCGUCGCCGUCGGCGCACCCGCUGCUGCCGCCCGAGCACCUGCGCCUGCUGGCCGACGCCGAGCGCGCCGCGCGCAACGCCGUGCUGGGCCGCUCGGGCAGCUCCGUCACCUGCUUCGACCACUUCGAGGUCCUGCACUCCGCCUACCGCAUCGAGCACCGCAACUACGCCACCGUGGAGUUCGACGACACGACCGGCAUCGUGGAGUUGAAGAUUCCCGAUGCCACCGUGCAAGUCUUCCCGGACGGGACGUACCACGUGCAAAUGCCAGGCGACAUGCACGACCUGGGGGACACGAUCGUGACGCUGGAGGUGGGCGCCGAAGAGAUCCACAUGAAGCACCUCCUCAAGGAGUCGGGCGAGCUGCUGUGCCGCAACGACAUCGACCAUCGCCUUCCUGGGCGUCCGCCUCCGCUCGCCAUGGACCAGGUGCUGUGCAGCACGGUGGACGGCGUGGGGCGCAGCUUCGAGGUGCAGUACUCGGGCCAGUCGUCGUACCGGCGGCGCGGGCCGGGCGAGCACGUGGUGUUCUCGGAGAACGCGCGCUACUUCCUGGUGCACCGCGACCUCACGGGGCUGGAGCUGCACACGGCCGACGCGCUGCGCCGCCUCAUCGCGCGCACCGAGGAGGACCGCCGCAGCAUCUACAUGUCGCAGGUCGUCGUCAAGGUGCGCCCCGCCCCUAAAUCUAAAGUGAUGUGUUCGCCGGACCUGUCGUACCACGUGUCACUGCGGCCGCUGCUGAGCGAGUCGGAGCGCUGGCUGCUGCCGUGCCGCCGCUGCGGCCUCAGCUCCUACGAGUUCCGCAAGCGCGCGCGCGCGGUGGCCGCGGCGGCGGCGGCGGCCACGUCCAGCUCGAAGGCGGUGUGGCGUCGGGCAGGCAGGCGGGCGACGGCGCGGGCGCCGGCUCGGGCGAGGGCGUGGCGCCGAGCAGCCCUGCGCUCGACGUACGGCGUGCCGCCCAGCUGGUUCCACGUUUCCAAGUCGGCGCGCGAGCAGCUUCCGGGGCCAACUGGAGCGCAGCGCGUCGCACCAGCAGGACAGCGGCAGGCAGCGGCGACGACGACGAACCUGACGGCGCACCCGGGCAUGGAGUUGCGCGAGCGGUCGGCGCAGCGGCUGGAGAUGCGGGAGGAGGCGCGCUGCGACCUGUCGCACGUGGAGCACCGGCGCCUGAGCAAGCGGCAGGCGCGCCUCUCCAUGGUGCGGCCGUGCUGGCAGGAGAAGACGUCCUCGCCCGCCGCGCUCAACCUCUACCGCCUCGCCACGCACCGGCGCACCUCCAUCAGCAUGUCCGUCAGCGAGGAGAACCUCUUCCAGGAGCUGCGCGCGCUGCUGCGCCUGGGGCGCGGCCCGCCCUACUUCGAGACGCCCGCGGGCAGGCGCUUCCUCGAGGAGGACGCGGCGGCGCACAAGGCGGCGGCCAAGGCGGCGGCGCGCAGCAAGACGCUCAAUACCGUGGGAUGUGCUACUAUGCGCAAAGGGAACGAGGGUGUGGCGUGGUCAUGCCACUGUGUUUGCCAGGAGGUGGGGACGGUGUCGCCGAUUGCGCUGGCGCCGCAGAUUCCCACGACGCCGCCGACGCCCACCACGCCGCCGCCGCCGCCGCCCUGCACCACGGACAAGGCGUCGUUCGACUCCAGCCACUCGUCCUCCUCCUCGUCCACCGUGUGCAAGCGCUGCGGCUCCGUCUGCGAGCACACGAAGCGGGCCGUCGGAGCGCUCUUGAGCCUAUUAGAACGGAGCGGCGUCCGCGAUGUCGACCGGCUUCUGGCGCUGCGGGGCGGCGCGCCCGCUGAUGCUACGCAGGGCUCCUGGGGUGGGGGACGGCGAAACGAGGCUGAUCAAGGAAUGUGGAGUAGAACGGGAAUACUCGCAAGCGAAGAGAGAGCUUAG